AUGGACUUCAUUAAAAGCAAUCCCGAACUCAAAUAAAAAUACGAUCAAUUUCUUUUCUAAUAAAAGAAAGCCAAUACACAAACUAAUCAUCUCAAGACCAAGCCCUUGACUGACCCCGAAUAUCUGAAACUCAAAGACAUCCAAGAAUACUUAGAUCAAGAAGGCGGCAUGAUGAUUGAACCAACACCUCAUUUCGUACUCAAAGCCUUCGAUCAGAACGGAGAAAAAGUCUUCUUCAAUGUCACUGCUCAUUCCGUCGUUGAUGCUCCAGAAGAAAAACAACUUAUUGAUUACAACAACGAGGUUGGCAUUCGAGUGCCCAUGAGCGUCGGGAGCAUCAAAGAAGAUCAUGAUGUAAAAGGCGAUACUUGCAAAGUCAUCGAUCUAGUCAUUAAUCCAACAGUUGCCACCAAUCUAACCCAAGAUGACAAUCUGAAAACCUUCUUUUGCCAACUCGUACAAACCUACGUAGAUUAAAAAUACAAGCUCAAGUUGCAGGAUAAAUUCAUCUCUCUCAAAAUGAAAUACAAAGGAAAAAGCGUACAAUUUCAAAGAGUCAAAGGAAAGAAACCUCCCAAAGUUUAAGUAAUAGAUGAAAAACCCAAUUAAUCGCCUGUGCAGAAUAACGAUGAUGAAGAUGAGACAGAACAAAUAAGGAAAAGGCAGAGAGAGGAGUUCGAAAAAUAAUCUAUAUCUACUCAGCCACCCGCUUUUGUAACCUAUGAACCUGAAUGGGAAUUGUACUUGAUUUACCCAAAUAAUGAAUAAGAAUACGAUGGGGAUCUAGAUUACAAUGCAAUUAAGCAAUACAGAUUUUAAAUUCUCACUCCUCUUUUAAUCACUGGAAAGGCUAUCAAAUUAAAGGUUGAUGAGGAGUAAUUCUAAAUGGUGGCUGGCAAAUUCUAUAAAAUUUCAUUGAGAUUCCCUUCAAAGAUUAAUAAGUCUUCGGUUAAGGCUCUCUUUUUGACUGAAAAGCGUACUUUGUGGAUAUCUGCAGAUGUUAAAAAAGAACAUGAGGAAGAAGGAAAUCAAUAAAACGAGGAGUAAUAAGUUAAUGAAAUUCAGAAUGCUUAGCAAUAGUCUGGCAGCAAUUAUGAUUUACAAAGUAAUCUAAUAUUUGAUAUUGUUUGA